AACAACAGGGUGAGCUACCUGUCUUCACCGGGCCAUGAUAUUCUCUUAUUUUUAUCUUUUUUCCACCACAAGUAAGCUAAUUAAUUUGUCCCAAAAGAGAGAUAUGAUAGAGCGCCUAGGAUAGCCUUUCCCACCGUCCAACGGAAGCGUUGUAAAGUAUUGUAUGCUGACCAGAAAGUUCAUAAGUUAUUUCCUGUAGCAUUAAGCUAUAUGUGAGAUACAUUUCCCGUGACUGUCCAGGGUAUAUCUCUGCUGCAGAUGAAGGUAAUCCAGCAUUCUGCAGAGACACUGCGAAAAGCUUUGGUGUCUGAUCGUCAGGACUUGAUUAAACUUUACAGUAAGUACACACAAGAAGAAAGGUGUCUUCUGGAGGAAGGAUUCCACCCGGGCAACUGGGAGCCUCAAGACUUUGCAAGCUUCUACAGAGACCCUUACCGAAAAACCCCCAAUGCAAGCCAGAACACUAUUUAUAUUCAGACCAUAGGUUCCUUUGGGGAGGCGGGGGUCCAGACAGACCAGUAUGUGGAAUGGCUUAGACAGUACUGCCAGGCCUUCUUCUGUGGGCUUUCUGUCAAGUUGCUGCCAGCUGUUUCUGUGGCUGAAACAGGAUGUUCUUUCCGAGUUAACAGUAACUCACACAACCUUCAGAUCCUCACUGGUGACCUGCUACGAUUUCUUGGCAACAAGAAACCCAAAGAUGCUUUUUGUAUUGUUGGAAUCACAAUGAUUGACCUGUACCCCAAAGACUCCUGGAACUUUGUCUUUGGACAGGCUUCUCUCAGUAUGGGAAUGGGUGUUUUCAGUUUUGCCAGGUAUGAUGACAACUUCUACAGCAGAAAUUAUGCCGGGAGACUGAAGAAACAGCUCAAGCCAAAGAAAGGGGACUACUCUGUGUUUGACGGAUACUACACUCCCCCCAUCUCCAGCACUCUGCUGCUUCGAUCCUGCAAGACAAUGACCCAUGAGAUUGGACAUAUUUUUGGGAUAUGGCAUUGCCAGUGGUUGAACUGUGUCAUGCAGGGCUCCAACCAUCUAGACGAGUCUGACCGUAGGCCGCUGGAUUUCUGUCCCAUCUGCCUUCGCAAGUUACAGGUGUCAAUAGGCUUCAAAAUAGCUGAAAGAUACAAGGUCUUACUGCACUGGAUGGAGGAGGAUCAGACCCCAACAUCUAGACCAGGGGAGGCCUCUGCAAGCCAAUCAGCACUCUACUUUCCCAAACCCACAGAAGCCUUUCAUGCAUCCAGACUUUGGCUCCGCAGGUGCCUGGACAUACUGGAAAAAAGAACUAGUCUAUAGUAUUUUCCUGUAGGUCUGGAAAUAAGAGAGAAGAAUGGGACAUUGAGAUGCAUGUAGGCUGCUGUUUGAUACAAAACAGAAUCUUGAACAAUUUUUAGACACACUGCUUAUAGUUUGCCUUACAGAUAUUUUGAGUAAAUUAAACAUGCUAUAUGUGCAUUAAGUAUUUUUUAUGUGAAAGGGUAUAAAAUUCUAUCAACAUUAUUUGGAGAAGCAACUAUAAAAGCCACUUCAUCGUAUUUAUCAGUGAUGUUACAUACAAGAGCACAUUGACUCGUUUCUUGAAGGUAAAAGUCUCCAAAAAGAAGCCAUUACACAUAAUUCAAAGGUUCAAAUCACUGUGCUUCUUUAUUGUGAUUGAACACAUUUUCAUUAGAAAAAUAGAUUAAGUCUGUCAUCUCAUAUCACAUUAAAGUGCAUCGUCAGCUUAGUGACAGUUUGAUUAAAAAUAAACACUGCUACAAUCACAUA